GUCACUGUUAACCAACCACACGUGCAAAACAUAAACAAAGUGCCGACUUACAAUUGGGUUUUUAUUGUUUUUACUUAUUUAAAAAGGAAAUAAAGCUGAUUGGCAUGGAGGUGGAUAAUCUGUACACUUCGGUGGCCUGCAAUCGCUGCACAGAGUGCGCGGAUUGGGGCCCAAAUGGUCUGAUUGCUUACGGAGCCUGCAAUGCAGUUGCUGUUAUGGACCCCAAGUUUAAUGGCAACUCGGCCAAGAUUCUGUUUACCUUAGUGGAGCACACAAAGCGAGUAAACACUGUAAAGUGGCUCAACAACGAGAGGCUGCUCUCUGGCGGCGAUGACGGAAAUGCUGUUCUCUGGAAAGUGGACGACUCUGGGGCCACCAAGCAUGUGCUCCUCAAGGGCCACACGAGUGGUGUGAACGCUGUGCAUGGAGUGCGCCGGGCGGAUUGCUCCUGGUUUCUGGCCACCGCUGCUGCGGACAGCAGCAUCAGGCUCUGGAGCUACCUCGAUGGCGUCGUUUCUUGCUUUCAAACUAUCCAACUGUCGGGCGGCUUCUGCUUCUCCCUGCGCCUUACAUUGCUCCCUAGCAGCGAUCAUGUUCUCCUAGCCUUCAGCGGCGAUGACGAGAGCGUUUCGCUGUAUGCGGAGCAGGUGGAAGCCACAGGUGGCGCCGACUCCCUGGGCCGGCAGUUCCAUCGCGUCCACAAGCUCAGCGGCCAUGAGGAUUGGGUGCGCGGACUGGACUUUGUCUACGACGGAGAGGACCUGCUGCUGGCCAGCGGUUCGCAGGAUAACUUCAUACGCCUCUGGAGGAUAGCGCCACGCAGCGAGGAGCAGAUGCGCGAGAACCGCAUAGAUCUCCUGCAGAUGAGUGAGAGCGAGGCCGAGAUCAAGGUGGAGGAGAAGAUCCUGCAGCUAGGCGAGCAGGCCUGGUAUGCUGUGAGCCUGGAAUCAGUGCUGUACGGCCACGAGGGAUGGGUCUAUGGCGUGCACUGGCACAAGACGAGGGAGGGAGAGCUGCGCCUGCUCUCCGCGUCCAUUGACAAAACCCUCAUAGUUUGGGCUCCCACCGAGGACGGCGUCUGGCUGGAGCAAGUCCGCGUUGGCGAGGUGGGCGGCAACUCGAUGGGCUUCUUCGGCGGCAAGUUCUCCGACGACGGACACUCGAUUGUGGGCCACAGCUACCAGGGCGGCUUCCACAUCUGGAAUCAGGACCCUGAUCGUCCCCAGCUCUGGUCCUCCAGCGUAAUUGUGGGCGGUCACUAUGGCGAGGUUAGGGAUCUGGCCUGGGAGCACGACGGCGCCUAUCUGAUGAGCGUAUCGGCGGAUCAGACAACGCGCCUGCACGCUCCUUGGCUGCAGGAUUCAGCUGAUCCCACCUGGCACGAGCUGGCGCGUCCGCAAAUCCAUGGCUACGACAUGCAGGCCUUGGCCUUGCUUUCACGCUACAAGUUUGCUAGUGGAGCGGAGGAGAAGAUCGUGCGAACGUUCCAGGCACCGGCGAACUUUAUCGAAAACUUCCGGCACAUCAGCAGGGUGGAGAGCGAUGAGGCGGGAGAUGCUCUACUGGAUUCUCUGCCCAAGGGAGCCUCUGUGCCCUCCCUGGGCUUGUCCAACAAGGCUGUGUACAAAGUGGACUCCAGUGCGGAGGAGACCGGCAAGGGCAAAAGCGAGUAUCCCGAAAGCUAUUUCGUUCCCAUUACUCUGGAAACGCCGCCCCAGGAGGAGACCUUGAUGCAGAACACCCUCUGGCCAGAGAUGCAGAAGCUUUACGGCCAUGGCUACGAGAUCUUUGCCCUGGCCGCCACUGCGGAUGGCUCUGUCUUGGCCUCCACCUGCAAGGCCAGCAAUGCCGAGCACGCUCAGAUAAUCCUGUGGAACCCAUCAAACUGGAAGCAACUGCAGAAGUUGAGCGGCCACCAGUUGACGGUCACGCAACUUAGUUUCUCUCCGGACGCCCGAUACCUGAUCUCCGUGUCGCGCGACCGCCGCUGGUGCCUGUACGAGAAGCAGCAGGACUCCACAGCGGGCUACCAGCUGGUGGCCAGCACGGACAAGUCGAACGGAGUGCACACACGCAUCAUCUGGUCAUGCGAUUGGUCGCACGACGGACAGUUCUUUGUGACCAGCUCGAGGGAUGGCAAAGUAGUGGCCUGGCAAAAGGGGGACAACGACGACGCCUCCUCCCUGAACGGCUGGCGGGCGGCGGCGGUGCUGGAGCUCAAGAAUGAGUCAAUCACGGCGGUGGCUUUUUCCCAUGACUACCUAAACGGAAGCAACGACACAUAUAUUGUGGCGCUGGGCACGGAAAGUGGCCUGAUAAAGAUAUAUCAGUUGGUUAAGGGGGAGUGGAAGCUGCUCGCCGACUUGAACAAAGACCAAGCCCAUCACCUCACCGUGAGGAGGCUCCGGUUCCGGCCCGUACAGAAGCAUCUCCAGCUGGCGAGCUGCGGCGAGGAUCACCUGGUGCGCAUCUACGACAUAAAGCUGACAGGAGUUUGACUUUGUCUGCAUUAAACUAGCCUUAUUAGCUUA